AUGAAUUGUAGUGGGCACUGGGCUUUUUACCAUGCGAUUGUGAGGCUCCCGCCUUCCGAGUCCUGCCUAGUUUGCACAUGGGCUCGGCAGCGUCCUUCUAUCCACUUCGAGUGUGUGCAUAAACUUAUUCUGGGCUUCAAGGUGCCUGCUUUGCAACUUCUGCAGAGGCUGCACAAGUCCCCCUGCCAGCAGAUGGGCGCAGACCCCGAUAUGUGCAGUCGUCCCUUGCAUUGUUCAUCUGCUUCAUCAACCCCUAUUGAGCAGUCCCCUUCCCCUCCCCCUUCCCCACCGGCCAAUGAGAGCCAGAGGAGGUUGCUAGGCAACGGUGUGGCCCAGCCAACCCAGGACUCUGACUCUGAGGAAGAGUUUGUCCCUAAUUCAUUCUUAGUUAAAAGUGGCUCCGCAAACCUCUGUGUCCCUGCCAAUGAUCACCCAGCAAGCCUUCAGAACCCGUCCAGGUUGCGGACUCCACCUCCUCCACUGUCUCACGCCCACACCCCCAACCAGCAUCACGCGGCCUCCAUCAACUCCCUGAAUCGAGGGAACUUUACUCCACGCAGCAACCCCAGCCCGGCACCGACAGACCACUCUCUUUCCGGAGAGCACCCCGUGGGUCCCCCGGACUCUGCCCAUGCGCAAGACAACUGGUUACUCAACAGUAACAUCCCACUGGAAACCAGGCACUUCCUGUUUAAGCCGGGAGGUACAUCGCCCCUCUUUUGUACCACGUCUCCAGGAUACCCGCUGACGUCCAGCACUGUGUACUCUCCUCCCCCUAGGCCCCUCCCACGAAGCACGUUUUCCAGGCCUGCCUUUAACCUUAAGAAGCCCUAUAAAUACUGUAACUGGAAGUGCGCUGCUCUCAGCGCUAUCAUCAUCUCAGUCACACUGGUGGUCCUGUUGGCAUAUUUUGUCGCCAUGCACCUGUUUGGCCUAAACUGGCACCUGCAGCCGCUGGAAGGGCAGAUGUAUGAGAUGACGGAGGACACAGCCAGCAGUUGGCCUGUGCCAACAGACGUCUCCCUGUAUCCCUCAGGGGGCACAGGGUUAGAGUUACCUGAAAGGAAAGGCAAAGAAGCCGGAGAAGGAAAGCCAAGUAGUUUCUUUCCAGAGGAGAGUUUUAUCGACUCAGGAGAAAUCGAUGUGGGGAGACGGACAUCCCAGAAGAUUCCUCCAGGUAUUUUUUGGAGAUCUCAGGUGUUCAUAGACCACCCGGUGCAUCUGAAAUUCAACGUGUCCUUGGGAAAAGCAGCUCUGGUUGGGAUUUAUGGCAGAAAAGGCCUUCCUCCUUCACACACACAGUUUGAUUUUGUGGAGCUCUUGGAUGGGAGGCGACUCUUAACUCAGGAGGUGAGGAGUUUGGAAGGCCCUCAACGCCAGUCCCGAGGCUCUGUCCCUCCCUCCAGCCAUGAGACUGGCUUCAUUCAAUAUUUGGAUUCCGGGAUUUGGCACCUGGCUUUCUACAACGAUGGAAAGGAAUCUGAAGUGGUUUCUUUUCUCACCACUGCUAUUGAAUCUGUGGAUAAUUGUCCAAGCAACUGCUAUGGGAAUGGAGAUUGUGUUUCUGGGACCUGCCAUUGUUUCCUUGGCUUCUUGGGUCCAGACUGCGGUAGAGCCUCCUGCCCUGUACUUUGCAGCGGAAAUGGACAGUACAUGAAAGGGAGAUGUCUAUGUCACAGCGGCUGGAAAGGUGCUGAGUGCGACGUACCUACAAACCAGUGCAUUGAUGUGGCCUGCAGCAACCGUGGCACAUGCAUCAUGGGGACCUGCAUCUGCAAUCCUGGCUACAAGGGAGAGAGUUGUGAAGAAGUGGACUGCCUGGAUCCCACGUGCUCCGGACGAGGUGUCUGUGUCCGAGGCGAGUGCCACUGCUCCGUCGGCUGGGGAGGAACCAGCUGUGAGACGCCAAGGGCCACCUGUUUGGACCAGUGUUCGGGCCACGGGACCUUCCUUCCUGACACGGGACUCUGCAGCUGUGAUCCCAACUGGACCGGACAUGACUGUUCUAUUGAGAUCUGCGCGUCAGACUGUGGAGGCCAUGGAGUCUGCGUGGGAGGCACCUGUCGCUGUGAGGAUGGCUGGAUGGGGUCAACCUGUGAUCAGAGGGCAUGCCACCCUCGCUGCAACGAGCACGGGACCUGCCGGGAUGGCAAAUGUGAAUGCAGCCCAGGCUGGAAUGGAGAGCAUUGCACCAUUGCUCACUAUCUGGAUAAGGUAGUGAAAGAAGGCUGUCCUGGUUUGUGCAAUGGGAAUGGCCGGUGUACCCUGGACCUGAACGGAUGGCACUGUGUCUGUCAGCUGGGCUGGAGAGGUGCGGGCUGCGACACCUCCAUGGAAACUGCAUGUGGUGAUAGCAAAGACAACGAUGGAGAUGGCUUGGUGGACUGCAUGGACCCUGAUUGCUGCUUACAGCCCCAGUGUCACGUAAAUGCUCUGUGCCUCGGUUCGCCCGACCCCGUGGACAUCAUCCAGGAGACGCAGGCCCCCGUGUCCUCACAGAAUCUGCGCUCCUUCUACGAUCGCAUCAAAUUCCUCGUAGGGAAGGACAGUACCCACAUCGUCCCUGGAGAGAAUCCGUUCGACGGAGGGCAUGCCUGCGUCAUUCGAGGCCAGGUGAUGACCUCUGAUGGAACUCCACUGGUUGGUGUGAAUGUCAGUUUUGUGAACAACCCUCUCUUUGGGUAUACCAUCAGCAGACAAGAUGGCAGCUUUGAUCUGGUGACAAAUGGCGGGAUCUCCAUCAUCCUGAGGUUUGAACGAGCACCUUUCAUCACUCAAGAGCACACACUCUGGCUCCCGUGGGACCGCUUCUUCGUCAUGGAGACCAUCAUCAUGCGACAUGAGGAGAAUGAGAUCCCGAGCUGUGACCUCAGCAACUUUGCCCGCCCCAACCCCAUCGUCUCUCCUUCUCCUCUGACGGCCUUUGCAAGCUCUUGUGCAGAGAAAGGCCCUAUUGUUCCUGAAAUCCAGGCUCUGCAGGAAGAGAUCAGCAUCUCGGGCUGCAGCAUGAAGUUAAGCUACCUGAGCAGCCGGACACCCGGCUACAAGUCCGUCCUGAAGAUCAGCCUCACCCACCCCACCAUCCCCUUCAAUCUCAUGAAGGUCCAUCUAAUGGUAGCUGUGGAAGGGCGCCUCUUCAGGAAGUGGUUCGCCGCUGCCCCGGACCUUUCCUACUAUUUCAUCUGGGACAAGACCGACGUCUACAACCAGAAGGUGUUUGGCCUCUCGGAAGCCUUUGUUUCUGUUGGGUAUGAAUAUGAAUCCUGCCCGGACUUGAUCUUAUGGGAGAAGAGGACGGCAGUACUGCAGGGCUAUGAGAUUGAUGCCUCCAAACUGGGAGGCUGGACCUUGGACAAGCAUCACGCCCUCAACAUCCAGAGUGGUAUAUUACAUAAAGGAAAUGGAGAAAACCAGUUUGUAUCCCAGCAGCCGCCUGUCAUUGGGAGCAUCAUGGGUAAUGGACGGAGGCGAAGCAUUUCCUGUCCCAGCUGUAAUGGCCUUGCUGAUGGCAACAAGCUUCUGGCUCCGGUGGCCCUCGCUUGCGGCUCAGAUGGGAGCCUCUACGUCGGUGACUUCAACUACAUUCGGAGGAUCUUCCCCUCUGGCAAUGUCACCAACAUCCUGGAGUUAAGAAAUAAAGAUUUCAGACAUAGUCAUAUCCCCGCUCAUAAGUACUAUCUGACGACAGACCCCAUCACUGGAUCCAUCUUCCUCUCUGACACCAACAGUCGGCGGGUCUUCAAGGUCAAGUCAACCACAAUCGUGAAGGACGUCGUCAAGAAUUCCGAGGUGGUGGCGGGGACGGGAGAUCAUUGCCUUCCCUUUGACGACACUCGCUGUGGCGAUGGCGGGAAGGCAACGGAAGCCACGCUCACCAAUCCCAGGGGCAUUACAGUGGACAAGUUCGGGCUGAUCUACUUUGUAGAUGGCACCAUGAUCAGGCGCAUCGAUCAGAAUGGGAUUAUCUCCACUCUCCUGGGAUCCAAUGACCUGACAUCUGCUCGGCCUCUCAGCUGCGACUCUGUCAUGGACAUAUCUCAGGUUCGCCUCGAGUGGCCCACUGACUUGGCAAUCAACCCAAUGGAUAACUCCCUCUAUGUUCUUGACAACAACGUGGUCCUGCAGAUCUCUGAGAACCAUCAAGUCCGCAUAGUCGCUGGGAGACCCAUGCACUGCCAGGUGCCUGGCAUUGACCACUUCUUACUGAGCAAGGUGGCAGUCCAUGCAACUCUGGAGUCUGCCACGGCCCUGGCCGUCUCUCACACUGGGGUCCUGUACAUCGCUGAGACUGAUGAAAAGAAAAUCAACCGAAUCAGGCAGGUCACCACUAACGGGGAGAUUUCCCUGGUCGCCGGUGCUCCCAGUGGCUGUGACUGCAAGAAUGAUGCCAACUGUGACUGUUUCUCUGGGGAUGAUGGGUAUGCCAAGGAUGCCAAGUUGAAUUCCCCAUCUUCUCUUGCGGUGUGUGCUGAUGGUGAGCUCUAUGUAGCUGACCUGGGAAAUAUCAGGAUCCGCUUUAUCCGGAAAAACAAACCAUUCCUGAACACCCAGAAUUUGUAUGAACUUUCCUCCCCCAUUGACCAGGAACUCUACUUGUUCGACACCAGCGGUAAACAUCUGUAUACUCAGAGCCUCCCCACUGGAGAUUACCUGUACAACUUCACUUACACAGGUGAUGGGGACAUCACCCUCAUCACAGAUAACAACGGCAAUGUAGUGAAUGUGCGAAGGGACUCCACUGGGAUGCCACUCUGGCUGGUGGUGCCGGAUGGUCAGGUGUACUGGGUGACAAUGGGCACCAACAGUGCCCUCAAAAGUGUGACCACCCAAGGCCAUGAGUUGGCCCAAAUGACUUACCAUGGCAACUCUGGUCUCCUUGCAACCAAAAGCAAUGAAAACGGAUGGACGACAUUUUACGAGUAUGACAGCUUUGGCCGCCUGACAAACGUGACGUUCCCCACCGGUCAGGUGAGCAGCUUCCGAAGCGAUACAGACAGCUCAGUGCACGUCCAGGUGGAAACAUCCAACAAAGACGACGUGACCAUUACCACCAACCUGUCGGCUUCCGGUGCUUUCUACACGCUGCUACAGGACCAAGUACGAAACAGCUACUACCUCGGUGCCGAUGGCUCCCUGCGGUUGAUGCUGGCCAAUGGGAUGGAAGUGGCCUUACAGACUGAGCCCCACCUUUUGGCUGGCACCGUCAACCCAACAGUGGGCAAGAGGAACGUGACCUUGCCCAUUGACAAUGGGCUCAACCUGGUGGAAUGGAGACAGCGCAAGGAGCAGGCCAGGGGCCAGGUCACCGUCUUCGGACGCCGGCUACGGGUUCACAACCGAAACCUCCUGUCCCUGGACUUUGAUCGAGUGACUCGGACAGAGAAGAUCUAUGAUGACCACCGGAAGUUUACUCUUCGGAUCCUGUAUGACCAGGCUGGGAGGCCCAGUCUUUGGUCCCCCAGCAGCAGGCUGAAUGGUGUCAAUGUGACCUACUCCCCAGGUGGCCACAUUGCCGGCAUCCAGAGGGGCACCAUGUCAGAAAGGAUGGAGUAUGACCAGGCGGGCCGUAUCACGUCCAGGAUCUUUGCUGACGGGAAGUCCUGGAGCUACACUUACCUAGAGAAGUCCAUGGUGUUGCUUCUCCACAGCCAACGGCAAUACAUCUUUGAAUUUGACAAGAAUGACCGCCUGUCUUCCGUGACCAUGCCCAAUGUUGCCCGGCAGACUCUGGAAACCAUCCGUUCCAUUGGUUACUAUCGUAAUAUCUACCGGCCUCCAGAGGGCAAUGCCUCAGUCAUCCAAGACUUCACCGAGGAUGGGAAUCUCCUCCACACCUUUUAUUUGGGCACAGGCCGGAGGGUGAUCUAUAAAUAUGGGAAGCUGUCGAAGCUGGCCGAGAUGCUGUAUGACACCACCAAGAUUGCCUUUACUUAUGAUGAGACAGCGGGCAUGCUCAAGACUAUCAACUUACAGAAUGAAGGGUUCACAUGUACCAUCCGCUACCGGCAAAUUGGUCCCCUGAUUGACCGCCAGAUCUUCCGGUUCACGGAGGAAGGGAUGGUGAAUGCCCGCUUUGACUACAACUAUGACAACAGCUUCCGAGUGACGAGCAUGCAGGCCGUGAUCAAUGAGACCCCACUGCCCAUCGACCUCUACCGCUAUGAUGAUGUGUCAGGAAAGACUGAGCAGUUUGGCAAGUUUGGGGUCAUCUACUAUGACAUUAACCAGAUCAUCACCACAGCGGUCAUGACCCACACCAAGCACUUUGACGCCUACGGGAGGAUGAAAGAGGUCCAGUAUGAGAUAUUCCGGUCCCUCAUGUACUGGAUGACCGUGCAGUACGACAAUAUGGGACGAGUGGUGAAGAAGGAGCUGAAGGUGGGGCCAUACGCCAACACCACUCGCUACUCCUACGAAUACGAUGCCGAUGGACAGCUCCAGACGGUGUCUAUCAAUGACAAACCCCUCUGGCGCUACAGCUAUGACCUUAACGGCAACCUGCACCUGCUGAGCCCUGGGAACAGCGCCCGCCUCACCCCACUGAGAUACGAUCUCAGAGAUCGGAUCACCAGGCUGGGCGACGUCCAGUAUAAGAUGGACGAAGAUGGUUUCCUCAGGCAGAGAGGCAAUGAUGUUUUUGAGUACAACUCAGCAGGCCUGCUCAUUAAGGCAUACAACCGGGCUAGCGGGUGGAGCGUGAGGUACCGCUACGACGGGCUGGGGAGGAGGGUGUCCAGCAAGACAAGCCACGGCCACCACCUCCAGUUCUUCUAUGCAGACCUGACCAACCCCACCAAGGUCACCCACUUAUACAACCAUUCCAGCUCCGAGAUCGCAUCCUUGUACUAUGACCUCCAGGGUCACCUGUUUGCCAUGGAGCUCAGCAGCGGAGAUGAAUUCUACAUCGCCUGCGACAACAUCGGGACCCCACUGGCGGUCUUCAGCGGGACGGGCUUGAUGAUCAAGCAGGUCCUGUACACCGCUUAUGGGGAGAUCUACAUGGACACCAACCCGAACUUCCAGGUCAUCAUCGGCUAUCACGGGGGCCUCUACGAUCCGCUCACCAAGCUCGUCCACAUGGGAAAGAGGGAUUAUGAUGUGCUGGCAGGUCGCUGGACCAGCCCGGACCACGACAUGUGGAAGCGCCUGCGGAGCAACAAUAUCACGCCCUUCAACCUCUAUAUGUUUAAAAACAACAACCCCAUCAGCAGCUCUCAGGAUAUCAAGUGCUACAUGACGGAUGUCAAUAGCUGGCUACUUACCUUUGGAUUCCAGCUGCACAAUGUGAUUCCUGGAUAUCCCAAGCCGGAUACAGAUGCCAUGGAGCCAUCCUAUGAGCUUAUCCACACACAGAUGAAAACCCAGGAGUGGGACAACAGCAAGUCCAUCCUUGGGGUGCAGUGUGAGGUGCAGAGGCAGCUAAAAUCCUUCGUCACCCUGGAACGGUUUGAGCAGAUCUAUGGUUCCCAUAUUGUCGGCUGCCAGCAAUCCCAGGAGACAAAGAGAUUCGCCUCCAGCGGGUCCAUCUUUGGCAAGGGAGUGAAAUUUGCCAUGAAAGACGGCCGGGUGGCCACUGACAUCAUCAGCACUGCCAAUGAGGAUGGCCGGAGGAUUGCCGCCAUCUUGAACAAUGCCCACUACCUGGAGAACUUGCACUUCACAAUCGAGGGGGUGGACACGCACUACUUUGUGAAACCAGGGCCCUCAGAGAGUGACCUGGCCAUCUUGGGCCUCAGUGGGGGGCGACGGACCCUGGAGAACGGGGUCAAUGUCACGGUUUCCCAGAUCAACACAAUGCUCAAUGGAAGGACUAGACGCUAUACAGACAUCCAGCUCCAGCAUGGGGCACUGUGUUUGAACACCCGCUACGGGACAACCCUGGAUGAGGAGAAGGCGCGUGUGCUGGAGCUAGCCAGACAGAGGGCUGUGGGCCAGGCCUGGGUGCGAGAACAGCAGAGACUGCGGGAAGGGGAGGAGGGCGUCCGCUCCUGGACAGAGGGGGAGAAGCAGCAGGUGCUGAGCACCGGGCGGGUACAAGGCUAUGAUGGAUACUUUGUCAUCUCGGUGGAACAGUACCCAGAAUUGGCCGACAGUGCCAGCAACAUUCACUUCAUGAGACAGAGUGAGAUGGGCAGAAGGUGA